GGCAAAUUGUGAGUAUGGCUUCUCAGUUGAUCUGUAGCGAAACGCAAAGCAGGGUGAGUUCAGUGCUAAACAGAGACGUAAAGCAGUUUGGGAAAAAGUUCAUGUUCGACUGUAAUGAAGAAACCUGCUGGAACUCAGACCAGGGGGACCGUCAGUGGGUGCUGCUGGAGUUUCCCCAAUCUGUAAAAGUCUCUGAGGUGAAACUCCAAUUCCAGGGAGGCUUCUCGGCUAAAGCAUGCAGAUUAGAAGGUUGCCGCAAAGACGGAAACUUCACAGGACUGAGCCAGUUUUACCCAGAGGACAAUAACUGUCUUCAGAGCUUUCCCAUAAAGGAGGCCCCCACCGUGGACAAAGUAAAAAUACUGUUUGAGAACAGCACCGACUUUUUUGGGAGAAUCAUUGUUUAUUCCUUGGACAUUAUGGGGGAAAAAACCUCAUGAGUAUUUUUUUUUCUUUUUUUUAAAAUGCUCUCAUGAGAGAGGAAAUGACCCGUGGCCAAAGUACAGGGUGGUGUGGUGACACUUGGAAAACAUGUCAUCUGGUAGUGCCACCUUGUGAACUGAUGCAAACGUGGCCUUUUUUGGUAUCGCUGCGUUUAGACGUCUGUGUAGAAGUUUCACUUCACGUCAGUAAAACAA